UCCGCAUCCGUGUGCACUGGUUGCGGCAGGGCCCAGCGAGCAGGUGGAGCUCAGCCUCCCGCGGAGCAUUGGGCGGUGGACCGCAGUGACGAGGCCCGAGACAUGGCGGCCACGCGCCUCUGAGGCCGCAGAGCCAGAGCCUGACGAUGCAGCUUGGCUGCUGACUGCCCGGGCGCGUGGCCCCGAGGAUCCUCGCUGCGGUCAUCACUCUGCAGUCUUCAUGGUGAAUUCCUCCUCAGUGCUUCCGGCCGUGUAGCAGCCGCUGCCGGCCGGGCCUCGGGGCACUCUGCCUAUUCAUCAGGCACUUUACAUCUUCACCUCCAUUCCCAUUUGCUUUCCUUCCCCCUUCUGCUUCACAUCUGUCUCCGCCACCCCGCUAUGGCCGCAGAAGAGGUGCUGCAAACGGUAGACCACUAUAAGACUGAAAUAGAGAGGCUGACCAAGGAGCUCUCAGAGACCACCCACGAGAAGAUCCAGGCUGCUGAGUACGGACUGGUGGUGCUGGAGGAGAAACUGACUCUCAAGCAACAGUAUGACGAGCUGGAGGCCGAGUAUGACGGCCUCAAACAAGAGCUGGAGCAGCUCAAAGAGGCAUUUGGGCAAUCCUUCUCUAUCCAUCGUAAAGUGGCUGAGGACGGAGAGACUCGGGAGGAAACACUUCUACAGGAGUCUGCAUCCAAGGAAGCUUAUUAUGUAAACAAAAUCUUGGAGAUGCAGAAUGAACUGAAGCAGAGCCGGGCUGUGGUCACAAAUGUCCAGGCAGAAAAUGAGAGGCUCACAGCUGUUGUGCAGGAACUGAAGGAGAACAAUGAGAUGGUGGAGCUACAGAGAAUACGAAUGAAAGAUGAAAUUCGAGAAUAUAAAUUCCGGGAGACCAGACUCCUUCAGGACUAUACAGAACUGGAAGAAGAAAAUAUUACAUUGCAAAAACUGGUGUCCACAUUAAAACAGAACCAGGUUGAAUACGAAGGCUUAAAACAUGAAAUUAAGCGAUUUGAAGAAGAAACAGUGUUACUGAACAGCCAACUGGAAGAUGCCAUCCGACUAAAAGAGAUUGCAGAGCAUCAGUUGGAAGAAGCCCUUGAGACAUUGAAAAAUGAAAGAGAGCAAAAAAACAACCUGAGGAAGGAGCUGUCCCAGUACAUCAACCUCAGUGAUAACCACAUCAGCAUCUCGGUAGAUGGGCUCAAGUUUUCUGAGGAUGGGAGCGAGCCAAACAACGACGACAAGAUGAAUGGGCAUAUCCAUGGGCCUCUUGGGAAACUUAAUGGGGACUAUCGUACUCCCACAUCACGGAAAGGAGAAUCCCUACACCCUGUGUCUGACUUAUUCAGUGAGCUGAACAUUUCAGAAAUUCAGAAAUUGAAGCAGCAGCUCAUGCAGGUAGAACGAGAAAAAGCUAUUCUUCUGGCAAACCUCCAGGAGUCACAAACCCAGCUAGAACACACCAAGGGGGCACUGACAGAGCAGCAUGAGCGAGUGCAUCGGCUCACAGAGCAUGUAAAUGCCAUGAGGGGCCUGCAGAACAGCAAGGAGCUCAAGGCUGAGCUAGAUUGUGAGAAGAGCCGCAACUCAGCAGAGGAAGCCCACGACUAUGAGGUGGAUAUCAAUGGCUUAGAGAUCCUUGAAUGUAAAUAUAGAGUGGCUGUCACUGAGGUCAUUGAUUUGAAAGCAGAAAUUAAGGCCUUAAAGGAGAAAUAUAAUAAAUCUGUAGAAAAUUAUACAGAAGAAAAGACAAAAUAUGAGAGUAAGAUCCAAAUGUAUGAUGAGCAAGUGACAAACCUUGAGAAGACAUCUAAGGAGAGUGGCGAGAAGAUGGCCCACAUGGAGAAGGAGUUACAAAAGAUGACUGGUAUAGCCAAUGAAAAUCACAACACUCUCAAUACAGCCCAGGAUGAGUUGGUGACAUUUAGUGAGGAACUAGCACAGCUUUAUCACCAUGUGUGUUUAUGCAAUAAUGAAACUCCCAACAGGGUCAUGUUGGACUACUAUAGGCAAAGUAGAGUUACCCGAAGUGGCAGCCUCAAGGGGCCUGAUGAUCCUAGGGGGCUUUUGUCUCCAAGAUUAUCCAGGAGGGGUAUUUCAUCCCCAGGAGAAUCAAGGACAUCACCUGAACCAGUUUCAAAAGAAAACACAGAGACUAUUAAAGAGCCAAGUCCAACCAAGACUCCCACAAUCUCUCCUGUUAUUACUGCCCCACCUUCAUCUCCAGUUUUGGAUACAAGUGAUAUCCGCAAAGAGCCAAUGAAUAUCUACAACCUCAAUGCCAUAAUCCGGGACCAAAUCAAGCAUCUGCAAAAAGCAGUGGACAGAUCCUUACAGCUGUCUCGUCAAAGGGCAGCAGCGCGAGAGUUGGCUCCCAUGAUCGAUAAGGACAAAGAAGCCUUAAUGGAAGAGAUUCUCAAGCUGAAGUCCUUGCUAAGCACCAAGCGGGAGCAGAUCGCCACACUGAGGGCAGUGUUGAAAGCCAAUAAGCAGACAGCUGAAGUGGCUCUAGCUAAUCUGAAGAACAAAUAUGAAAAUGAAAAGGCAAUGGUGACUGAAACAAUGACAAAACUGAGGAAUGAACUGAAGGCUUUGAAAGAAGAUGCUGCAACCUUCUCAUCCCUAAGAGCAAUGUUUGCAACAAGAUGUGAUGAAUAUGUCACACAGUUGGAUGAGAUGCAGAGACAGUUAGCAGCUGCAGAAGAUGAGAAGAAGACUCUAAAUACUUUAUUGCGAAUGGCUAUCCAGCAAAAGCUCGCCCUGACACAGCGGCUGGAGGACUUAGAGUUUGACCAUGAGCAGUCCAGACGCAGCAAAGGCAAACUUGGAAAGAGCAAGAUCGGCAGCCCUAAAGUAAGUGGGGAGACGCCAGCCACUGUGCCUACCAUAGACACUUCCCUCCUGCAUAGUCAGGGUCCACAGACACCCACCAUUCGGGUCAGCAGUGGCACUCAGAGGAAAAGACAAUUUUCACCUUCCCUUUGUGAUCAGAGCCGUCCCAGGACUUCAGGGGCUUCCUACCUACAGAAUUUAUUAAGAGUUCCCCCUGAUCCCACCUCCACAGAGUCAUUUCUUCUGAAAGGUUCCCCUUCCAUGAGUGAACUCAUCCAAGGGCAUCGGCUCAGCAAGGAAAAAAGGUUAACCGUGGCUCCACCAGAUUGUCAGCAGCCUGCUGCCUCCGUACCGCCACAGUGCUCACAACUAGCUGGGAGGCAAGACUACCCAACUGUCAGUCUGGACAUUGCCCUCCCUGAGGAGCAGCCACAUUCCAGCUCACAGUGUGCUCCUCUCCAUUGUCUCACCAAGCCUCCUUAUCCCUAGUCUUCAUCUCUCAUGGAUGAGUAUCUGGGCUGAAGGUUUUAUAGCCACACUGAGGACACUGCCCGCGAUCUAGCAAGUGUCUUCUUGGAGAUUAGAUGUACAUAUGUAUUACAAUCCAUCAUUUUUGAAGAGGAGAGAGAGUUCAUAAGAAUAAAAUGAUGCAUUGAACCUCAUGUGAUUAAACAAUUUAUGACUUCUCUGAGUCAUAGAUGACCUGCAAUCAAAUGGCAACAGUUCUCUUGAAAUUUGUAAGAAAUAUGUAUCUCAGACAGCUGGCUUUACCUCCAUAGCAUAAAAGAGAUCCAAGAGAGUGUAAAAUAAAUAUAUUGUAAAAAUCAUCUUUCCCUAUCUUUCAUAGUCGGCCAUAGAAGUUGAUUUCAAUAUUUUUCAUUGAUACUUUAUAUUUUAUUUGCUAUAUGGUUUUGUUUAUAAAGAUAAUUUUUGUAAGCAGAAUUCCUUUGUUUUUAAAUAAUCAUAGUUCGCUUGGUUUAAUUUAGUUUAAAAUAUGGAACUGGCAAGAUUACGAUUCUUCUUGCAAAGAAUUGCAAAUGAGGUGCAUUAGAAUGUUGACAAUAACUGUUUUGCUGCUACAUGAAUAUUAGAAAAUAACAUAUAGUUUAUUUUCUAAUUCAUACUCCAUUAAUGGCUUUUUUAAAACUAGAGUUCUUCACUGGACAUUUAUUAACAAAAUCUACGGAAGAGGCAAAGAUAUGAUUCAUUGGUUUAAUCAAGUUUUGUUGGUAUCUUUAAUUUUUUAAAAUUGCAGUUGAGUAGAUAUAUUGGUGCUGCUCCUGUGUGAUUGUGUGUAUGUAUGUGUGUAUGGUCGUGUUAAAGAAGGGCAAAUUGCUUGGAGGAAAGAAACGGUGUGUUUAUUUAAUAACCACAAAGUUUUUAAACUUUUUCCAAAUUUAGGGUCUUACUAUGGGUUUCCCACUAAAAGGGAUCACAAUAAAUGAAAAAAUAUAUACAUAAAUAGCUGAAAGGUAGCCUUUGGUUGUUAAUUUAUGCCGAAAGUAUAUGUUUUUGUUAUUUGUUUCUUUCACAAUGAAUCUUUUUUGCCAAAAAAAAGACAAUGAACCUUAGCUUAUUGUCUACUUUUGACAAACACUCAGGUGCCUACAGUCAUAUUAUAUUGAGAUAAGACAUGUUCCUAUUUAAUUUACAGAUUCUGCUAAGUAACUUUUAUGACUUUAUUUAAUGCAAUAGAAUUUCAUAGAAAAAUUUAAUUUUGCAUUAUUGAGAAAACAAGGACAACAGCUAAUUGAGCUGCAAGGUCUAACUUGGAUUCCUCAGUUUUCAAGUGCUGCCCACAUAAUUGCGCCUAACCCUGACUUCUUGUCCUGUCAGGUAGCCUUAACUUACACAAAACCAUAAAGGUUUUACUUUUUCAUGUAACAAUAUCUCUAACUUCUCUUCAAAACAAAACUGGUCCUCCCUGUCAGAAAAAUAAUGACUAGCGCUGUAGGAAGACAACAGAGAUUUCAGAGCUGCCCAACUUGUGGAGCUGAAGGGGUGGCACAUUUGUGAAGGACUCCAAAGAUCAGCAGUCAGCCACAAGUUUCUUAUAUUCCUGUUGAGUAGCAGUCAUGGUUACCAAAGCAACCCAACAAUUUUAUAUUCCUUAUCUAAAUGAUGUUUUCAUGUCAUUUCUUAUGCAACUUGGAGUAAUAGUUGAAAAAGUUGUAAAAAUAAGGAUGCAGGUUAAAGUACAGCAACACACAACAAAGAUCCUGAUGGAAGUCCUGCUCAGUCAGAUCCCCACAUAGUUGCUCCUGCCUAUGUUGCUUUGUUGUUCCAGCACAUUCUCCUCAUUUAUGGUGUUAAAUCUGCCUGGUGCCAAUAUUAGUGAGAUAGUAUGGAUUUUCAUUAGAGUUCAGUUAAAGACAACUUCCUCUGUUUUCUUUUUCUUUUUCUUGUUACCCUUCCCUAAGCAUGAGUGGUAAUCCAAGAUGUGUCAUAGUUGCUAAGUUGACCUUGACCUGAGGGAUAACAUACCUUUUAAAUAAAUACCCCAGAAUAAGUUCUGUCUUUGAAUUGGGAACCCAACGAUGGAUCUCUUCUCUGUGUAACCACUGUUGACUUAGCUGCACUGUAUUUGUGUACAAAGUUGAUUUCUUCGAAUAUGAAAUUUAAUAAUAAGUCUUUUAUAAACUAGGUUUAUUUUAGUUGUUUAUUUUAAUAAAGUAGGAAAUGUAUGUUUUGAAAUAUUAAUUCUAUAAAAUAUUAUUUUUAGCAGAACUUUGCCAAGAAGAUAUAGAAACUUUGAAACAAAUUUUUUUAUUUUCAGCACAAAAGUAGGUGGUAAUCUCUAAGUAGUAAGAGACUAACGUUUAUUUAUGUUUUACAACAUCAUUUAGUAUAGUUUAAACUGAGCCAUAUUUAUAUUUAUUUAUUUAUUUACAGACCUUUUCAAUGAAUAAAUGCAUAGUACUGAUAAAAAUAAAUACCUGUAAAGAUAUCAGGAUGUCAAAAGAAAGUGAAAAUUUGAUGAAACAAAAAACAUGAGUCUCAGUAGGAAUAACUGAAGGUGCAUUUGAUAUUAAAAUAAAAACUUCAAAAACACUACAAAUGCUAAUUGUGGUAAACAUGUUAAAAAGAUCAAGAUUACUUAGCAAAGUAACCAACUACUGUAAAAUUUUCAUUACAUUUUACUCUGUGUGUGUGUGUGUGUGUGUGUAUGUUUGCACAAGCAUGCAUGUACACACAUGCAUGUCCACAGCACAGGUGAGAAAGUUAGAGGAAAACCUGCAGAAGUUGCUUCUCUCCCACCUAUGUGGAUCCCAAGGAUUGAACUCAGAUUAUCAGGCCUAGUGGAAAGCAUCUUUAUCUGCUGAGCCAUCUUACUGGUCUCCACAUUUUUUUUUUAAAUGAAAGCACAAUUACAAAACUGAAUAGAAGAAUUAGUGCAGAAAUGGUUUCCCACUGAGGAUUUUUCAUUAACACAUAAGAAUAAAAUAUAAAGAAGCAAUAAAUUGUGUUUGGCCUAAGUGCUUAGCAGCAUAUAAAACUUUGGAUGCAUAAAUUUUUUAAAUAUCUAAUUCUGGAUUAAAAAUAGAGAGGAGGAGGAAAAAGGAAUUUUGAAAACUUCUAGAAAAUAUGAAUUUAGUAAGGAAUGAAAAAAGAUUUAUUUGGAAGUUAUACUUUAUAUAUACCUAAAGAAGAGGAGGUACAAUAAUGAGGUCAAACAAAAAGAACUUAACAAGUGUCAGAGAGCAGCUAAGAUCCCAUAAGACUAAAUGUGAAGGGUUGGUAGUACCUGUAGGAAAGAGAUUUUUAAUGGUAGAAAAUUAAUAAUUGGAUUAUAAGGAUUUGUUUUUAAAAAUGGGAUGUUACUGGUAGUAUUGUAAGUAGAUGAUUUACAAUAACAUAUCAUUAUAGGAACCCACAAUUCUAUGAUUUUUUUGUUUUAAAAUCUAAAAUAUAUUUAAUUUUUACUGAUUGGUCAUGAAAUAUUUUUACUUUUGGACUAGGAUAGGAAUCUUAAUUUUCUAAGGUUUUUCUUUUUUAAAGGAGUUCUUCAAAAUUGUCUGGAAUAUAGCAACUUCAGUUUAAAGAAUUUCAGUGUCAGAGUCUUAAAAAUCAAAUAACCUCAAGAAAAUUUCCUAAGUAGAAGGUAUGCAAUCAGUUAGGUUAGAGGAGACAAAAUUUCUGUCUUUAACAUUUGCUUUAUCUAUGCUGUAGAACAUGUUCUUGUACAUAUAAGUCCUUCUUUAUUAAAUAAGCAUGAACAAUUGGUUAUUAAACUAGCUAAGAUAUGGGCAUUCCCUUAUACACUAUAUUGAAUAAAAUCCUCCUCAAUAACCAAGCACAGAUUACAAAUAAUGGUAUGAAUAAAUCAAAUAUAUUUUCUACUAUGAUAAAUGUCAAGUUUUAUUAUAUUAGUCAAUCAAAAGAUUUAACCUUUCUUAUGAAGAAAUCGGUGAGCAGGAAUAGGGUGUGACUCAGCAAUGGGGUGUUUGCUGGACCUGUGUGAGACCCUGGGUAGCAUCCACUGCACUGCAAAGUAUUUCCCCACAUAGAAUGCUGUUCAUUCCAUUUAAGAAUGUCACAAAUGCAUUGAUACUGUACAUAUAACUAAAUUUCUAAAGUUUACAGUGCUUAAAAGUUUUGUUGAUUUAAAUUAAAUCAGAUUGAUUUAAAAUAAUCUUUGCACAAAGGCUGCAAAAAUAAUGUUUUCAAAUAAAGCAGAAAGCUGCUGAACUGAAGUCAUGCUAGUCAGUAUGGCCAAUGCAAAUGUUGAGAAAUAAGUAUGUACUUCAAAAUCAGUGUCUAGCUCCUGACUGACAAUUUCUGUUAUCUGUUAUAAUAACCCAAAAUGGGUUGUCUGAAAUUAAAUUCAUCUUUAUGUAAAUGGAAUUUAGCUACCACAGUCCCUGAUACAUUGUAGCAUGGUUCUUUUAUUUAAACACCUGAAAGACUUCAACUGAGACACCUCUUUCUUCUUGUUACUCAAGGUACAAAUUAAUGAGAUAAUUUGUAUUAAAAUAUGCUCUUUGAUUUAGGAUUUUUUUCAGAAAUGACUAUGAGGAGGCAGAAGCAAUUAACCUCUGUUAUUGUAAGACAAAAGUGUAAGAUGUUUGCAUGAAAUAUUUCACAUCAUGUAAGCUUUCCCAUAUUCAUAACAUGUAUUCUACUUGUCUUGUGAUCUCUUAAUUAGGAAUGCAAGGAGUCUGUUACAUGUACUGGGUCUCUUUUCCAUACUGAAAUGCAUGGCUUUAUUCCUCAAGUAUAUUUUUAUACCUCUCAGCUGGAGUUGUUUUAAGAAUCUGCCACAUCUGAACUGAAGCUUAAAUGACCCACUAAACCAGAUAAUUUCUGAGAUUGGAAUUUAAUUGCUCUACAACAUUUGCUGGGAAUUUAUUUUUAUUUUAGCUAUAUUUCAUAAUCAGCCUGUGCUCAUAACUCUGAGAGCACUGAGAAGUAAAUUUGAUGCUUAUUAGUGUGAAUAUAUGCUUUUCAUUUAAAAACUCAUUUUAAAUAUCAGAAAGGUAUGAAGUUAAGGGAAAUGACACCACUGUGUUGAUAAAUCUUUUUCUUGUAAUGGAGAAACAGAAAGAAUCAUUGGGGCACUGGUGGCACACAUCUUUAAUCCCAGCACUCGGGAAGCAUAGGCAGACAGAUCUCUGAGUUUGGGGACAGCCUGGUCUACAGAAGGAAUCAUUGGGUUCAUAACUAUUAUUAUGUAGUAAAUUGGAGGAAAUAUUUUUUAAUGUUAUUGCCACAGAACUUUUAAGCUCAAUGGUUUGACUGUUAGAGUCAAUCAAACAAUUUUUAAAAAAUAUUUUAUGACAUUUUUGUAAUGUAACUCAUGUUUUUAUUUGCAUGGCUGUGCAUAUAUGAAGACAUGAUUCUGAUGCUGUGUUUUUUUCCCAUUUAAAUUUGUGUUGUGUGUGAUCAAACCUGAUUUCUACACUGUAUGAUUAUUCUUGUAAUGAUUCAGUUAUUCCUACCUUUAUUAUUAUGCUUUGGGGGCAUAAAUGAUGUGAAGUGUUUCUAUCUAGUAAUAAUAAUACCUUGUGAAAACGUGACUAAAACACUAAUUUAAGAAAUGCCUUUCUUGCUAAUUAUUUAAAAAUCCAAACAUUAGAGACACUAUCAAAGACACAUGCAUUUUUUUAAGUUUAGAAAGUUCUUAUGAAUUUAUUGUUUAAUGAUCUUUUUACUUUUUUAUUGUAGAUAAUCCCAAGUGAAUUUCACAAGGGAGAAUAUGUAUGGCAUAUCCUUGUUUCUACGAUCUGAUCAUGCACUCGGUAGUUGUGACAGGCAUUCCAUUGCUAAAGAAAUAACAGAAUACUAAAACUAUUAUCUUGGUUUAUCUUACCUACUGACCAUAUUGUAAUGCAAAACUUUUUCCAGUAAAUAAACUGAUGGUCUUUUAUUCAUUUCAUCAUUGCUGAAUUUUUAUUAGUUUAGGAUUUUUCUGUAUGCCAUUUUUAGUUAUAUUUACAACAAAUAAAAAGUAUAGGAACCUCUAUAUGAUAUAUAUUUUUAUCCACAAUAAUACCUUUUUUAAGUUAAAAAUGGAAUGGUUUGCCUUAACAUUUCUGCAUACUCCUGUUUAAUGAUAUGUAUAAUCAACUUUCUUUUCCCCUUUUCCUACUCAUAAUAUUUCCUUAAAGAGUAUUUUGGCAGAAAGAUGCACUUAGCUGAAUUCAAUAAAAAUGUUUUGAUUCAGGAAACACUGUUUUAAUGAAAGGAGAAUGAAGCUUUUUAUUUAGAGGUAACCCUUUUUUCUUUUACAUAGGAAAGAGUUCAGUCAUCAAAUUAGAGGGAGUUCACUUUUAUUUGGUAUGAUAUAUAUGAUAGUGAGCCAGUUGCUCUGGGAAUCAUCUAUUUUGAUUCUGUUUUAAUUUACAGUGGUGCAGGGGAAAAACAGUCAAGCAUGGGUUUAUGUGAGGGUGCUAAUGGAUAAAAAUGAAAUCCUUCAUAUAAUUGAUCAAAUUUAUGGGCCCAGCUAAGGUUUCCUCUUCACUUUUUGAAAAUAAAACAUAAAAAUAAAAUGUCUUUAAAAGUCUCUUCCUCUUCUAAAAACUACUGUUUUUGCUUUUGUUUUCAUAGGUUGAACCUACAAGUGUAUUUGAUACUUGGCCUUUUCUUAUGUAGUAACAACAAUAGUUUGUUACAUUCCUAAAAUGUAAAUAAUUGGACCACCACCCAUAAACAACAAUAAAGUCUCUUUUAGUCUAGGUAAACUGACACAUCCCUGUCACAGUUAUUGGAGAGGUGGAGGCAGAAGGAGCAGAAAAUCACUUGAGCUCAUGAUUUUAAUGCCAGGAAGACCAUGUCUCAAAAAGAAAAAAGAAAAAUUCUUUUUUUUUUAACCUCUGCAUUUUCAGACAACUUGUAAGAUGGAGUAUCCCUGGAAUCCCAAAAUGCUUAGGAAAGUCCAAAAUGUAUUAGAACUUGGGUACACUUUUCUCAAUAUUUGGUGCUCCACAUGUACAGUGAUUAUCAUUAUAGGGAUUAUCAUCUGAGAAAUGGGUCCUUUGUCUCUAUGCUCUCCAGCUUUUCUUACAGGACUAAUAGACACUCAUGUCCCAUUGUUAUAAUCAUCAGACACUAAGAAUUUAAGUUAAUGAGUAGUUAUUCUUAUACCUUUCUGGUGAGUCAAAAUACUAGAUCUCUAACAUAUUAUAAUUUGCCCUCAUGUGUGCGUGAAUUUCUCUGAUAGAAUUUCUUCUUAAACAGUUUAUGGAUCAGUUAUACUUGAAUGGCUAACAG